UCAGAAUUUGUGUGUAGAAGUAAAUAAAGCCAACAAGCUUUGGUUGUAAACACUUCCAGGUCUCUCUGGCUGAUGCUGAGGAGAAAUACAAGCUGGUGAUCGAGUCCUGUGCUCAGCUGGAGUCUGACCUGAUGUCCCAGGUGAACACACUGAAAGCCUCAGUGCAGCACCAUGUGGAAGAACUCCUUGAGACACACAGGAAGUGUGACGAGAUAACAUCGGAGUAUGAGCAGGAGCGAGAGGCCCACAGUAUCAUGAAGUCACAGUACGAACUGAUGAGGGAAACUGUAAAACAGUGCGAUGAGUUACUGAAAGAGUGUGAGCAAGAGUGCAAAGCUCAUAGUAUCCUGAAGUCAGAGUACAAUCAGAUUCAGGAAACUUUAACCCACGAUGAGGAGUCACUAAACAACUUCCAGGUCUCUCUGGCUGAAGCUGAGAGGAAAUAUGAGAAGGCGAUGAACAUCAAUGCUCAGCUGGUGAACGAGAACUCCAAACUGAUAUCCGAUAUAGACUUACUGCAAGGCUCAAUGCAGCAGCAAGAGGAAGAGCUCAAUGAGGCAUACAGGAAGUGUGGCAUGAUGAUGAUGGAGUAUGAGCAGGAGCGGGAAGCUCGCAGUAUCAUGAAGUCACAGUACGAAGCGAUGAAGGAAUCUGUAAAAUGGUGCGAAAAGUUACUAAACGACUUUAAGCAAGAGCAGGAGGCUCACAGUAUCCUUAAGUCACAGUAUGAAGAGAUGACAGAAACUAUAACACACAGAGAGGAGUCACUUAAAAACUUGCAGGUCGCUCUGGCUGAAGCUGAGAGGAAAUACAAGCAGGCGAUGGAGUCCAGUGCUCAGCUAGAGAAAGAGAACACCCACCUGAUAUCCGACUCGGACAUACUGCAAGACUGUGUGCAUGAGUUGGAGGAAAAGCUCUUUAAGAUCCGGCGCAAGCAUGAUAAGUUAGCAAAGGAUCGUCAGCAGGCAGGGAAGGCUUACAGCAUCCUGCAGUCACAAUACGAAGAAACAUUAAAACAGCGUGACGAGUUACUAAAGGAGUGUGAGUGUGAGCGGGAGGCUCACAAUAUCCUGAAGACACAGUACAAUCAGUUGAAGCAAACUUUUACCCACAAUGAGGAGUCACUGAAGGAGGAGAAAUACGAGCCAGUGAUGGAGUCCAGUGCUCAGCUGGAGUCUGACCUAAUGUCCCAGGUGAACACACUGCAAGCCUCAGUGCAGCAGCUGGAGGAAGAGCUCCUUGAGACACGCAGGAAAUGUGACGAGAUAACGACAGAGAGGGAGAAAGAGCAGGAGGUUCACAGUUUCCUGAAUUUGCAGUACCAAGAGAUGAGGGAAACUUUAAAACAGUGCAGUGAGUUACUAAAAAACCAUCGCAUAGCUCUUGGAUCUGAGGAGCCUGUGGAUCUGUGAACCCCAGGUACCUGCCAGUGGUGGUGUUUAACACCUGGAUAUCUUCUCAUGCAUGUGCGCGUAUGACCUUUACCACAAAGUCAUAUGAUGAUGUACUACUUACUAUAACUCGAUGUAAUAGUCACUAUGGUUUCUGUAACCUACUGGCCAAGUGCCUACUAGCAUUCUCUUUCACCCCUUCGUGAUGUCGGUCCAACCAGCAGCCCCUGCACUUCACUGCCGGGCUCUGUGCAGUUUUCUCAAUGUGGGUAGUGGGGGGGACUGGCACCAUUUAGGGUGAUUCACAGGGCGGAUCAAGGGUGCUUGGGUGUUUGUUAGGGCCCUGGGAGCUCAGUUCUAAUCACCUGUAACCCCGAGGUGGCCUGUCGGCCUGGGAUCAAUUCUGAAGCCUGGGUUCACUUCUCCAGGGUCUUGGGCCCAAAGACCAGUCCAGGAACGCAGCGCAAACUGUGUAGGGCCAUUUUUUUGGGCAGUCAUCACUAUGUCUGCACUUGAUAUUGGGACAGCAGACAUCAGAACAUAAUGGUGAAAGCACCAGCGAUGAGAUUCAGGGGUCCACCGGAGGCAUGCGGUCCAGACUGAGCCCAUCAGCUCUUAUUAGCUAAGGAUCUCACCACGGGGCAACUGUUAGCCUUGAAGCUUAGUGGUAUCUGUGAGUUGCUUGAUGCUGAACACUUACCAAAUGCUGCCAGAGCCAAUGAUGAAAAGUGUUGCUUGGUUAUUGGUUCAUUUCCUGGUUAAAAAUAUUCCGGAUGCAGUGGCAGACAUACCGUCCUUGUGAGCUUCAGUUGAGCGCCACUCGGGGGGCUCGAACCUAGGGCUAUCAGGAGGGCUUUAUAGUAGUGGCUGAGCCACUGUUAUUCAAUGGAGGGAGUACAUUCUGAUCUAUUAGUGCUGUUAGCUUCAGUCGUGUGAGGGGAAAUUGGAGGAGAACACCACUCUAAUCCCUUAGAGCUGUUGCAGUCAAGUGGGUGGGCCAAUGGAUGUUAUUCGUAGGGGAACAAGAAAAACAAUGUUUAUGUUAGGUAAUAACAGUAAGUACUGCAUCAUUGUUGUCUUAUAACUUUGUGAUAAAGGUCUUGGCUUAUAUGCACAAGAGAAUAUCCAGGUGUUAAUCAUACUGCCCCUGGUGGUAAGGAGGGGUGAAAUGGAAGUACCACUAACAUGCAGGUGCUCACGAUAAAGGAUGGAUGCAAUAAACACUCGAUUUUAUCAAAUCUGCACUAGUUUCAUCAUCUUUGACAGAAUUAUUGAACUUAUUACAUUAAUUUUUUAAUCAGCACAUUCUUCUGUUAGACCACUUAAUAUUACUGCGUUAAAUAUUUUGGCUUACAAGACAGCUACAAGUUACUAUUGAUUUCAGCCAUCCAAAAUUUCUGAAGUUUCACUGCAUCGUAUGUGAAGUAUAGAGAGAGAUCCAUGAUAUUGUCCACAAUUCCACAACAUGGAGGAGUUUAUCUCCUUCGUUUUUAAAACUUUCCCUGGAGCACACAGUGUAGUCCUGCUCUUUUACACCAUUCCUAUAGCACUGUGCCCUGAUAUGAUCGUGCAGUGUGUGUUCCAGCACGAGAGAUUGGAUCUGAUCAUGGUUCUCCUACAGAGAUCUGUGGUGUGUGAGAGACAAUUCAACUAUCUGUGCAGCCACCACGAAUGGCCCAUCCACAGGUAUGUUUUUCCUGCAUGGAGGCAGAGCCCAUGGUCGUAGAUAAUGUCCCAUUCAAUAAGUAUGAGCUGGAGCCGUCUCCUCUAACACAAUACAUUCUGGAGAGGAAGUCACCACACACCUGCUGGCAGGGUUCAGCACCUGGCAGUGUGGUGUGCCCACAACAAUCUUGCACUCAACAUCCAGAAGACCAAAGAGUUUAUUGUGGACCACCAGAGGACAAGGAGAGGCCACACACACACACACACACACACACACACACACACACACACACACACCCACACCCACCCAUCCACAUGGAGGUGGAACGUGUGACCAGAUUCAAGUUCCUGGGUGUCUCUUUCUCUGAGGAUCUUUCCUGGGCACUCAACACCUCCACCCUGAUUAAAAAGGAGCAACAGCACCAUUACUUCCUUAGGAAGCUAAGGAAAGCUCACUUAUCCCCCCAGAUCCUACUGAACUUUCACCGCUGCACUACUGAAAGUGUCUUAACAAACUGCAUCACAGUGUGGUACGGCAAUUGCCCUGUGUGGCAGCGGGGGUGUGGUCGUGCUUCAGGCAGGUUGAACCAGAAGGUAACAUGUAAUGCUUCUCACCUGUAUGUUAUUACCCUGAGAUUACUUGUGUGUCUUUUUUUGUGCCUUCAGAGUCUCAAGUCACGAGCUAGAAAAGGAGAGAGAGAGAGAGCCAACCAGCCCAGAGUUGUGUGUGCACGCGUGCACGUGCGUGUGCUUAGAAAAUAAAACCGCUGAAAAGGGAACUUAAAAGAUAAAGAAUAAAGUGCCUUUUGAGUUGUUCCAAGCCUGUCUCCAGCUUCCUGAUUCCCUGCUCGAACCUGGCAAGUUUUACACACUGUCUCAGAUCAGAAGGCCCUCCAGCGGGUGGAGAAAACUGCCCAAUACAUCACUGGUAUCCUUCCAAAAAGACAUAUCCCACCCCAGCCAUGGUCUGUUUACUCCUCUACCAUCUGGGAAACACUACAGGAGUCUUCACAGUCGCACUAGCAGAUUCAGGGACAGUUUCUUACCAUCAGGUAUCAGCUUCCUGGAUUCUGAACUCAGGCACUGAAUUGUACACCCCAUUCUGACCCAUGUUUAAAAAAAAAAAAAAAAAAAAAAAAACCUGUACUGUACAAUAUUAAUGCUAUUAAUGCACUCUUAAAUACCAUAGUAACUUGCCCUUACACCUCAUUCUCACUUGCAUCCUUGCAUAUUACUGAUUAAUUACUACAUGAUGCUAUCAGUAUGGUCACCGGAUAUAUAUACACACCUCAUUUCUCUGUACAAUGCACCUUCUAUAUUUGUACACCCUGUCAUAACUGCAUUUCAUUGGCUAUGUACUUGUACUCUCCACAAUGACAAUAAAGUUGAAUCUAAUCUAAUCUAAAUUACAGUUGUGUGGUCCUCACCUCAGGUGACAACUUACUUUUUCCCCACCUGAUUACUGGAUGUCGGUUUAGUUUUUGGGGAAAAAAAAAAAGACUACAUAUUGUUUUUUUGUUGUCACUUGAGGUUAUUUGUUAACCACACAAUUGUUAUUUAGGCCCUGAUGAAUAAAAAUAUAGAAUUGAAUGAGGGUGUACUUUCUAUUUC